AGUAGUCGCCUCGGUCGAGCUCGCUCAGCUGAGCCAGUGUGCUGCCAGCAACAGGAGGAUAAAGGUCACGGUGUUAUUGUACCGCUCUCCCGAUCCGGGCUGACUUGACUUGCCGUGUUGCAACGGCACUCCCUCCUGGAGGUCACGCGUUAGAACUUUUUGAUAAUGUCGAAAGCUGCUUUAGGCGCCAAUGGUUUCGAUAUAUGGUGGAUGUAAGCGAAUUAUCAUGGUUUUUAGAACCCUUUAACAGAUAACGAAUAUCAGAUUGGAACAGUCUGGCAAAAACUUUUGGAGAACUUUAAUCUAUUCCGAAGUUUGUUCUUGAAAAAGAUGUUGGCUUUACCGUCUUGGUGCAUUGGAUACAUCGCUAUUUUCCAAGCGUGUUUAGCGAUCCAGGAAUGGAACCAGGAGCCUUCCAGAACAGAAGUGAACCCGGGUGGCAGCGACGUCCUUAUCUGCAAGAUAUACAAUAAGCAAGGAACCUGCUCAUGGCAGAAGGACGGAAAGCCCCAGGGGAUGUUCGUCGGCAAGUACGAAUGGAGCGGCGACCGAAUGGCCGGCGAUUGUUCCAUCAGGAUCUCGGACGCCAGCGAAGUCGACGACGGCGACUGGGAAUGCCAAGUGACAGCCUCUGCCUUCACAGCCCAGGACGCCUUGACGUCCAGGAUAGCGCAGCUCAUCGUCAGAGUUGCCCCGAAUCUCCCUCAAAUGGAAUUUGAGACUCUGCGCGUCGCCUCAGGCCAGAAAUUCACUGUCACGGAAGGACGUCCUGGCAGCAUUAAGUGUCUGGCAAGAUAUGGCAACCCUCCUGCGCGUAUAAGGUGGUUCAUAGGAGACCGUGAACUUCCUGACGACGAGUACAUCCAGACGAACGCCACCGAGGUCGACCGUCCAAAGACCUGGAUGGCCAUGAGUUUCCUGACCCACACUUACGUCAAGGAGGACCACGGGCUGCCCCUCCGCUGCGUCUCUCUCCACCAGGCCUACCACAGGAAAGUGGAAGCUGUGGAGGCCAUUAUGGAUGUUAUGUACGCCCCAACCGUGAACUUGGAAGGAGCGCCUAUGAGAGACAUAGAGGAAUACAUCGACACCGUCAGCCUUAGGUGCAUAGCCAACGCCAACCCACCAGCCAGCGUCGUCUGGAGAGUCCUGGGGAGGAUGGACGUCGUCAGCUUCGAUCCGGAAAUCACUUUCAAUCCAGCCACGAGGAAAAAUUCGGGCAUCUACACUUGCGAGGCCAGGAACUCCAUAGGCUCGUCUGAUCCCGUCUCCGUCAAAGUGGAUGUUAAAUAUCCUGCACGGGUUCUUCAAGUUGGUCCUUUGCUGUACAUGACCGUCACUCUCCACAAUCACACACUUCUAGAGUGCUUGGCAGAGGGCAACCCACCCCCUCAGUACACCUGGAUACAGACGAUCCCCGAUGGUGACCGGACGUUAGUCAGGAGUCACAACGCGACCCUCCUGCUCGAUAGCCUGACGUACGAGCACCAGGGGAAGUACGUCUGCGUCGCCUCCAACACCAUCAAAGGCGACAUCAUCGAGGACUCCAGCCAACCCAUUACCCUCGAAGUCGUUGGAGCCCCCCACGUCCUUCGCUACACGGUCAACAGGAACAUCGAGGUGGCCCAAGGAGACGACGCCGUCAUCCAGGUAGUAUUCUGCUCGGAUCCUCAGCCUUCCAGGACCACAUGGGAAUGGGGAUCCUUAACUCUUGACGCCGGCAAUGGCAGGGGAAGAUAUAUUGCCGAAAACAUAGCCCAGGACUCACGAGAGGACUGCUACACGGCGAGGCUGUGGGUGCAGAGUGUCGAUCACUCAGACGCCCGAGACUACCAACUCUACGUAGAGAACUCCAAAGGAGCCGACAGCUACACCGUCAGCCUCUUCGUUAAUGCAGGAGAUGUCCACAAACCCCUCCUGCAGCGCGUUCCCCCUUCGGCGGAGGCGCUGCUCAUGUCCACCAUCAUCGGCGCCGUCAUCGUCCUCCUGGUGCUGCUCAUCAUCAUCACGCUCUUGGUCUUGUAUGCUUUCAAGACCGAAAGGUGGUGUUUCUCUCGUAGAAAUGUAACCACUGAAGAAGAAGAAAACCACUGUUAGAAAAGGAAAGCGACGCAGCUUGAGGAUGCGAAGGCAAAAUCAGGAUACGUAAGAAGAAGAAGAAGAAAAAGAAGAAGAGGCUGCGAGUUCUUACAAGCUUAAAGAGGAACUUGUCUUCCUGCACUUUUUAUAAUUCCCUUCAUAAUAACAAUAAAAAAAGCAAACAAAACAUAUCACCCGUGUGUAUGAAUGAGAGAAGAUACAAGUCGAUUAUAUACGAGAACAUCGAGAGAAAGGUCAACAGCGACAAAAAAGAAAAAAAAACCCAAGUGAGACUGGAUUUUUGUUAGAACAGUCGCCGGUCUGUCUAGUAACCAUAUCCUGGUAAGUUUACCUGUUUACGUAGAUGAAAACGCCGCUGUCAGAAUCCAGCACCGAGAAUAUUGGAAAAUUAAGUUCAUGUGGACACCAAUUACGUCAGUGGUUAUGUCAUCCCCUGAAAAUGACGCCAGG